AUGGGAGCGGGAGCCUGCAGAAUGUGUUGCGAGGAUGCAGGCGACUCUCACCAAAUGGUCACCGUCGAAACCAUGCACUCUGUCGCAGAGUCGAUCAAGCGAAACCAGCAGGACGAGGUUUCAAUCUCGGUCCUUCCAGGUUUUUGCGGAGGAAAGCUGCAAGGAAGAUGGCGGCGGAUGGAAGACAAAUCGCUCUUAGGUCGGAUCUAUGAAAACAAGAUGGUUUGGCAGCCGCUGUACCAGCACCCACCUACCAUCUUGAAAGCUGCUGGUGAAGACAGGAUUUACAUGGAGUUGGAGGGUGCCCGGCAUGAGGGGAUCAUCAUUUUUUCUACAUCUGACAAAACCUUGAUCAACUGGAGCGAUGGAGACUCGGUGGCCCUGCUGAGACCUAGGGCGAAUAAGAUGGGUAAGAUGCACGGAGUCUCAGGCCAUGCUUCGACGUGGGCACCAUAUCGCCAGAGCGAGGCUGUGCAGUUGCCAAAGCCCAUGCUCCUAGGCAACGAAAUCGAUGGAUCCAGUGACACUACUGUCACUACCGUCACCAUGGAUUCGUUUCCCAACAUUGAAUCCACCGAAUCCUAUGAAUCACCAGACACGGUAUCAGAGAAAGAUGUAGCACCAAGCUACCUCACUAUAGAGGAGGCAAGCCUUCGGCAACAGCUGCACAGGCUCCAAGAUUCGAGGGUUCUACAAGAGCAGUCCUUGGUAGAGUAUCACCAAAAAGCUGAAGUGUUGAACCCCACAAGCCGUGCAGUUAGCAGCUGGGCUCGGCCACAAGUGUUGGAGAAUAAGGCGACGCUUGUCGUGAAGGGACUGCCUGCAUACUACACGCAGGAGAUGCUUUGGUCCGCAAUGGCCGAUCGUGGCUUCAAGGGCCAUCUUGACAUCUACGUCCCGUACAGUCUAGAGUGUUCCCGCAAUAUGGGCUAUGCUGUUGUGCACUUCACGCAGCCAGAGGAUGCUGUGGCGUGCCAUGCUUUGUUUCACUUGACAUGCUUGGAUGAGGAGAUGAGAAUGACCGGUUGCAUGCUGGUGGUUGAGCCAUUGUCGCCAAAGGGUUAUGAGGCCAAGUAUUGCCAACCUGCACGGACAUCGUUGUGCGCACGCUGA